UACAAGGCCGAAUCCAAACGUCAAAAUAUUUUCGUUUUCGCAAGAAUGUAGAGAUUUACCAAAAGUUGUUUAUCGGUUCUUUUUUUUAACACAAACACUACGACUCCAAGCGAUCGAAACAUGGAAUUCACGGCGGACAAUCUAGAAAAAGCCGUCACGCUAUUCUACCGCUCCGAAGCCCAACAACAAGCCGAGGCCCACCAAUGGCUAACGGAGGCCCAGAACUCCCCUUCCGCCUGGAGCUUCGUCUGGGAGCUACUCACCCCGCAACGGAGCUCCGAAGUGCAAUUCUUCGCCGCCACCACCCUGCACGCCAAGCUCAUGAAGCACUGGAACGAAAUACCGGAGGACCACUACGAAUUCCUCAAGACGCGCAUCCUCGAAUCGAUCAUCAGCUACGCCAUGGGGCCCAAGAUCAUCCUCAAUCGAUUGUGCAUCACCCUAUCCGCCUACAUAAUCCACACGGUACCCACGCAUUGGCCGAAGGCCUUCGAGGAAUUAGUCUCCAGCUUCCAGCCGCAGUACUUGCCCAACGUCGAGCCCGAACGGGUGAUUUGGAUACUGCUGGAAAUUUUAACUGUGAUACCCGAAGAGUUCCAACGAACGACUCUGGCAUUGAACCAAAGAAAUAGAGUCAGGGUGGUGCUGCAAGAUGUAUCGAAGGAUAUAUUGAAAGUUGUCGAGAUGUGCCUGAUGCCUCUACCAGCCGCCGGAUUCAACAUGUGCAAUUUAACGACUUAUUUAAACGCUGCUCGAUGCGCUUCGGCUUGGAUACAAUUAGGCAGUUUAACCAUCGAAGAUUGUACAUCGGUGAACAAUCUAUUGAUAGAUCUAACUUGCUUCGUCUACUGGAACAAAUCGGACCCGGAGGGUUUAUCGUGCGACGAAAUGGAUCUGAUCGAAGUGACCGUGGAAGCCCUGACGGCCGUUUUCCAACAUCCGCACACGCACAAAUACAAAACGCACGUGUUCAAAUACGCCGCCCAGAUUUUGGAGAAGUUCGAUAAGAUUUUGGACGUCGAACGCAACCAACAGGACAUGAACAAAGAUAUCGUAGCUACCUUAUACGGGCUGGUGAUAACGAUAGGCGAUUCGCAUUCGAAGAUAUUCAUCGACAAUUUAAAGUCUCAGGACGCGGACGAGCGAAGGGUCAGCUUCGAUUUGUUGAAUUUCAUAUUGAAAUGCACGAAUUUGCCCGGAUUGUAUCCCGUCGACGAGUCGAGCAGCACUCUCACCUUCGGCUUUUGGUACACCUUGCAAGACGACGUGAUAUCCUUGGACGCGCCCGACUGCGCCUCGCUGAUCCUCCAAAUCAAACCCUACUAUCGCGACCUCGUCUGCGUCAUGCUGAGAAAAUCCAUGUUCCCCAUCGGCGAGGACGACGCCUGGACGUUGGAGGACAAGGAGGUGUUCCGAUGCUACCGCCAGGACAUCGCCGACACCUUCAUGUACUGCUACGUGGUGCUCAACCUCGAGAUGCUCGACAUACUGAUGACCAAGCUGGACGAGGCCCUGCGCUCGGAGACGCCCCGUUGGAACGAAAUCGAAACCGUGCUGCACGCCUUCGGGGCCGUGGCCGAGAACGUGGAGUACGAGAAUUUGUACCUGCCGAAGUUGAUGGCUACUAUCAAAGGGAUACCGUUCGGGGAGUUGCACGUGCGCGUGAUGGCCACGGCUUUGGAGACGGUCGGUUCGUUUUCCGAAUGGUUCGCGGAUCAUCCGGAUUUGUUGGAGAACAUUUUCCCGUUGAUUUUGAGCGGUUUGGGGAAUCCCGAGGUGUCGACGAGCGCCACGAUGGCGCUGAAGGAUAUCACGCACAAUUGCCAGAAGUAUUUGGCUCGGUACGGGGAGCAUAUUCUGAUGGCUUCGCAGACCGUCUUGACGAACGGUUGCCUCAAACUAGCCGAACGAAGGAGACUAAUGUACAGCGUGGGUCGCGUAUUGAGCACGUUGCCCGUCGACAGGAUCAUGGGAUAUUUGAACAUGAUCCUGGCCCCUUCCUUCGAGGAUCUGCAGAAAUUUAGCGAAGCCGAACCGAGUCCCACGGUGACGAAUUCCCUGAUCACAAGACUGAAAUUGAUUGCGGCCCUGUUCAGUUCGUUGCACGUCGAAGACGACGACGCGAAAAUCGAGCAACCCAUUCUCGUGGUGAUCGAGAAAAUGAUGCCGUUGUUUCGGCGCAUCGGCGAGAAGUAUUGCAUGAAUACCGAAGUGAUCGAAGAUUUAAGCGUCGUGUUCAAAUUCGGCAUCACAACGUUGAAAGACGAUUGCAAACCGUUGAUAAACGACAUACUCCAACUCGUAGUGACCAUAUACAGGGCGUGUCCGCAAUCUAAUGUACUUACCGUAGCGAAAACGGUGUUGAUACUGUUCGGCAAAGAAGAGGAUUUGUUCGCGUUGAACAAUCAAUUGUUGUUCGAAUUGUGUUCGAGGACGAUGCAAAUGUGCGCCGAAUGCCAAGCGAACGAUCAACUAUCCGAUAGAUCGGACGUGCUCGAAGGGUUCUUCUCGUUGCUCGCCGCUUUGGCGAAAAAAGUGCCGCUGUUGAUGACGAAUUGCGGCGUCGAUGUCGCCGCUUUGUUCCAAUGCGCGAUUUUGUGCCUCGGUUUACCGGAGAUCCAAGCCUUGAAGCAGGUCGCCAGCUUCCUGGUGCAAUUCAUAUCGCAGAGCAGGGAGACCUCCAUGGCGCAGGUGAUUCAAACCUACGGCGAAAGUUUAGUGUUAAGGGUACUCAUGAAUUUAGGAAGUACGGCUCCGAGAUCGUCGGUGGACAUUUUCAGCGACAUCUUAUUGGCGUUGAAUAAGAAAUACUGUGAUAAUUUGACAAGGUGGCUGAACGCCCUGUUGGCCCAAGAGGGUUUCCCAUCGACCAGGAUUACGUCGGCGCAAAAGGAGGCGUUCGUUAAAUCGAUUUUAAGGGAAAAGACCAACAAAAGAAAAGUAUCGGAUACCGUAUUGGAAUUCACGUUAAUCUGCAGGGGAAUACUGAAACCCGAAUAAGGCAGCUUUGAUCUCCAACGGUAUCAAAAUCCCGUCGUCGUCGUCCAUGUAACCGUAGUAAUCGGCAUCGAUGUCCUUCAUCAGUUCGGCUCGGCUCUUUCGAGGCGGAGGCGGCGGUUCCUGUUCGAACAGCUCUCGGACGCCUGAAAAGAUUUUUAAUGUAAAAAGCGCAAUUGAGUUUUAAUUGUAAUUUCGUCCGGUUUUUUUUUUGUUUUUCAUUGAUUAUUGAUAAUAAAUGCAGUCGGUUUAGUGCGAUCUGUUCCUACGAUUUUCCUAAACUUAUUAACGUUGUUUUAUUUAGAAUAAUUUUUCACUUGAGAUUAA